GGCACAGAACUUUGUAUACUAUGCUCUUACGGCGGUCGUUGCAGCGUCGAUUUCUUUUGCGGCCGGUAUGUACAGAACGACUUCGUCUACGGUGAUGGUCGAGGAAAAACCCUUCACAAUGAAAAUCGAUUAUCACGUCAACAAUUAUCUUUCUUCAAAAGCCAACUAUGAUUAUGGAAAAUAUCCUGUGGAAAUCCCAAAAUUUUGCCAUGUUAUUCACACGGAAACAAUUCAGCGUCACGGUUCUCGUCACCUAAACAAUGUCAACAAGUUAGACAAAGCGGUCCAUUAUUUUGAAGAUUUAAAGCAAAGAGGCCUUUUGAUGAAUGACACUAUUUUGGACUGGGCAAAGGAACUUCGAGGUUGGGAAGAAUCAAAUGAAGGUACAAUUUGCAAGACUGGAGAAAUCGAAAUUGCGGAGAUCGCAAAGCGGCUUCGUGAGCGUCUCUACAUGGACCAACGCGAGCAGGGUGAAUUCAUCGUCGAAAGCACGUUCAAAAAGCGCACCCAACAGACUCGCGACAUUUUCAUGGAGAACCUGAUUCCCGAAAAAUAUCCCAAAGAUCAGAUUCAUUAUCGAGAACCAAACUAUUGCGAAGACAUCAUCGGAACCGACGGGAAGGUGAAUCGCACCGUCUUCGAUCGCUACGCGCCGCUGCGUUUCUUCUCCGUUUGCCCCAACUACAAACUGCACAAGAAAGACCCGUCGACCACGGGAGAAAUGGAAGCCAGGAUCGCAACGGACUCCGAACUGAUCAUCAUGCGCGGUCCGAACUUCGUUUCCACGUUUCUCCUUUCGGACUACCGCGAGCUGGACAUCCAGUCCCGCUACGACUUGUUCGGUCACUUAUAUUUGAUGUGCCAAUUCGAGGUGGGGGUGUUGGAAGGAUGCGAUCUAGGCUUCUUGUUAUAA